ACCAUGUUCAAAGUUGUUAUUCUUUCACGACGGGCUAACUUUAGCUAACUGGCUGAAGUGUAAAGUUUAUGUGUUGAAUUUUUACCCGUAGUAGAGGACUGUGGAGUAGUGUUUUUUUGUGUGACUUUAAGGAAUUUCGUCAAUUAACCUGGGAUUAUCAGACAAUGUUUCCACAUAUCUUAACAGAUGCUUUAUAAAAAUAUUUAUUUGGCUUGUGUAUACACCCAUGAAUUUUUUUUGAAUCGUGAUCAAAAUGAAUUCGAAUAACCAAGACGAUAAGGAGUUCCACAAAUCGUUGCCUUUGGAUUUGGCUAGAAGUCAAUUAACAACUGCAAGAACAAUUGAAGGCAAAUCCCCCUUGAUAAUGAGUAACCAGACGAUAAGGGGUAUGAGAGUGUUAGCUCAAGGAAUAUCAUCUAAUGGUAGCCAAACCGCUGGGCAAACAAUUAUAACUACGAAUAUUGUACCUCAGAUCUUGAAACAAGAACCUGUCCGAUCUCAAAUAACAAAUAUAAUCAAUACAAGUGGUCAAAGCUCAGAAGGACCAUCUCAGAGUAGCACAAGUAUUACACCCCAACGUCCUUCACAAGUAACUUUUACUAGUACUACACUUGCUGCCCAGAGUUUACCUCCUGGUACAACUUAUCAUGUUCCAAGAGGUCCAGCUGUAGUAGCUAAUUUGGCAGCACCAAGAGGAAAUGUAGCCAGUGUCCGCACCCCCAUGAUUCUUACUGCACCAACUGCUAGCCAGGCACAUUCAUUUGUUCGUCCUCCAAGGGCUCCUAGUCCUGCUCAAGGAACUGCUUGGUUGAAUACAAAUACAUCAAAUGGCUCUCAAAUUAAAGGUGCUCCUACUGUUCUGAGUUCUCCAGUUAGAGGUGCUUUUGUCACUGGUAAACCAUCAUUGAGCAAUAGGACUCAACCUUCAACUCAAGGUGUUCAAUCUUUGAAACCAGCCACAAUAUUACAUUCUGCUAUUACUAUUGGACAAACAGGACAGAUCAGUUCGUUAAGGACCAGUCAAGGCCCCCCUGCAGUAACUUUAAAUAAUACAGACGGCUUAUCUCAAGUUCUAUCACCUCGAACCCAAGGAAUCGUUCAUAAUCCAAGUUCAACAAACCAAAACAUCCCAGCUCGCAUAUCGGGAGCUUCCGCUGUUCAAAAUCAAAGAGCAAUACUUCGACCGACCUAUGUUAGUUCAGGCAAAGUCACCGUGACAGCAAGUCAGAUAAAUUCGAACAGGUUAAUCAGCCCCCAAGGAACUGUACUGACAACAGCUUCAAGGAUAUCCACACUUCCAGCACAACCUCAGAAUGCAUUACAGAUGAGCAAUACUGCAACAAGGAUAGCCACAACUCCACAAGCAAUGACCAUUAAUAGAUUAACAGGGUCAGCAAGUAUUGCACAAAAUACUAGUGGGAAUAAUUUGGGGUCAGCUAGAAUUCUCCAUUCCAUUGUGGCUGUUGCUAAUUCGCAAGCAAGAAAUAUUUAUACUUCUGGGACUAAGGUCAUCACACAAUCGACACCAGGUACUAUCCAUUUGACACCUCUGAGUGCACCAAUAAAAUCAACUCAAAGUAAUCUACAGGGUACAACAAGAACAAACAAUGUGCCAGCAACUCUUGUGGUUCAAAGAUCCACUGCCGCAGUGUCUACUCAAUCAACACCUAUUGCCAGAGGGCUUCCACAUGAAAAUACACAGAACAAUGUUUUUAUCAAUGACCCUGUACCAUCUAAUAUGCCACCCCGUGCACCACCAAGUCCAACUGGUGUUACACAAGCAAAUAGCCUGGUUCCCACUACAACAGUUGCUGCAUAUACUUUAGGUGGAGGUACCUAUUUUUAUGAUGCUUCUGGUAAUCAUUCCAUCUCCCGUUCUUUUGGUCAGCAGCCUAGCAAUCUUACAGGAGUUACCCAAGCUUCCCAGACCAUAAGAUCUUCUGUAAUCGGUACACAAAUGCUUGGUAUGGUUACCAACCAACAAACGAUGCGCUACAAUUCUGUUAUGGUAGUAGAACAGAGUCGAAAUCAACAACACUUCAAUUCUGACUUCAACCAAGAUCAAACAGUUCAACAAACUCCCCUAAUCAACAGAACAACAGCUUCACCUAGACCCAGUAUUCUAAGAAAACGUGACCACGAAGGCAACUCUGUGAAGGUUGCCAAAAAUCUCAAUAAUGUAUUGGCUAGUCUUCCUUCUCGGCCACAAGCAAAUCAGCUGCCACUCUCACCACCUCCGAGACCAGAUUCCAGAGAAAAUGAAAAUAGCUCUGGAGGUAGUACAACCAUAUCAGCUACUUCUAGCCCUGGUCAAGCUGAAGAUGAUUGUACUAUGCCUACAGAGUCCGAAAAUCAUAAGGAUGUUAAACCUGCCCUCGAAAUGAGUCCUAGGAAGAAGCCGAGAAAACAGCAGUUGACUGGAAAUGAAUUGGAUGAACAUAAUGAUGACAUGCAGUUCAUUUCGGAUAAUAUGGUUAAAAAAGGUGAUGAUUCUGAUGUUCAUUCUGAUGAACCUAAAGAUGGUGCACCAGAGGCUUAUUGCAUUCCAACUGUCCGAAAACCUGUCACAGCAAGUCUAUUGAAUAGUUAUAAACAUAAUUGGAAAUCUACUCAUAAUCAUUUUAUGAGAUAUUCUGAUGUGAAGCCGAAAGAAGAAAGGAAACCCUCUAUUAUUGAUUUAGCCAAUCAAUUCAGAAUACAAGACAAAAUCAAUGGAUGGAAAAUUUUUCAUUUAUCAACACAAAUGGAUGAUCUUGUAAGUGCUGAGCUGGAACAAGUUGAUUAUGAAAAUUUGAGCGAUUUCCUGAAGUGUUUAGGAGAAACUGGGGAGACUGGGUGUGAGAAAGAUAUCAAUAGAGUCAAUGAAUUAAUCAAGGGCAAUUUGCAAAGGAUCAAGAUCAUAAAAGAAGGUAUAUUAGAGGCAAAAUCUCAAAUGAUGAAAGUGUUCGAUCACAAAUCGCAAGUAACGAACCUUAUAAACCGAUGUGCCAGCAAACGUAACUUCAAGAAGAAAGUUAUGACUUGAAAUAGUUAAUAUUAAAAAAUUAUAUUUAUUAAUUUUAUAAGUAAAAAUUUAUUGAUGUUCUCAAUUGUAAAUAUUGGCAAUAUAAUAUUAGAAAUAAAACAAGUUUUAUAACCGUUUUA